CUUAAUGCUGUUUGUAUUGUACAUGGUACAUAUAAACUCUAAUCUUUGUCUCUUGUUUUCUUUUUAAAAAAAAUAUAUGCUAAAGUUUGCUCCAAUUGUACCCAUAGCAGAUUGAUGUAAUGAUUGAAUUCAGAUCCGCCUUUAAAUACUCACCCAACUAUGAUGCUCCCUGGCAUAAGCAUGUGGUACAAAAUGCAGUGAUGAAAAAGUGACAACAGCCAAUUGCCUAAAUUUGAAUUAACUGCAGACUCUGUGAGAUCUUCAAAGUCAGCUCCAUGUACACCACAUUGCAGUAAUCUAAGGGAAAUCACUGUAGCAAAGUCCUCCUGCCCAGGUGUAACAUAAACAUUUCUUGUGCAACAUGAGCAACAGUCAUCCACUCCGACCUUACACAGCAGUAGGUGAAAUAGACCACGUUCACAUUCUAUCCGAUCAUGUUGGUGUUCUGAUGAAUGGGGAGGAAUACAGUGAUGUUACCUUUAUAGUGGAAAAGAAACGUUUUCCUGCACACCGAGUGAUUUUGGCUGCGAGGUGUCAGUAUUUCAGAGCGUUAUUAUAUGGUGGAAUGCGUGAAUCUCAGCCUGAAGCAGAAAUCCCUCUCCAUGAUACCACCGCAGAAGCCUUUACAAUGUUAUUGAAAUAUAUUUAUACAGGUCGUGCCACAUUAAGAGAUGAGAAAGAAGAAGUCCUGUUAGAUUUUUUGAGUUUAGCACAUAAAUAUGGGUUUCCAGAACUGGAGGAUUCCACCUCUGAAUACCUUUGCACCAUUCUUAACAUUCAAAAUGUUUGCAUGACCUAUGAUGUUGCUAAUCUCUACUCACUACCUAAAUUGACAUGUAUGUGCUUCAUAUUUAUGGACAGAAAUGCUCAAGAGGUACUCUCCAGUGAAGGCUUUCUGUCUCUUUCUAAGCCAGCACUUCUCAGUAUUGUACUGAGGGAUUCAUUUGCAGCUCCUGAGAAGGACAUUUUUCAAGCAUUGAUGAACUGGUGCAAACACAAUCCUAAGGAAAGUCAUGCUGAAAUCAUGAAGGCAGUGCGCUUGCCAUUGAUGAGCUUGACAGAACUUUUAAAUGUCGUAAGACCUUCGGGAUUGCUAUCUCCUGAUGCUAUUUUGGAUGCCAUCAAAGUUCGAUCUGAAAGUCGGGACAUGGACCUCAACUAUAGGGGCAUGUUAAUACCAGGUGAGAACAUUGCUACUAUGAAAUAUGGAGCCCAAGUGGUUAAAGGGGAAUUGAAAUCUGCCUUAUUAGAUGGAGACACACAGAACUAUGAUCUAGACCAUGGAUUUUCCCGACAUCCUAUCGAUGAUGACUGCCGUUCUGGUAUUGAAAUUAAAUUGGGUCAGCCAUCAAUAAUCAAUCACAUACGAAUACUAUUAUGGGAUCGAGAUAGCAGGUCAUAUUCGUAUUAUAUUGAGGUAUCCAUGGAUGAACUAGACUGGAUUCGUGUAAUUGAUCACUCAAAAUAUCUAUGUCGAUCUUGGCAGAAACUGUAUUUUCCUGCCCGUGUCUGCAGGUAUAUCAGAAUAGUUGGAACACACAACACAGUAAACAAAGUUUUCCAUAUUGUGGCUUUUGAAUGCAUGUUCACCAACAAAACCUUCACUCUUGACAGAGGACUAAUAGUUCCCACUGAGAAUGUUGCAACAGUUGCAGAUUGCGCCAGCGUGAUUGAGGGCGUGAGCCGUAGCCGCAAUGCUUUGUUGAAUGGAGACACAAAGAAUUAUGACUGGGAUUCCGGGUAUACAUGCCAUCAGCUAGGCAGUGGUGCUAUUGUUGUACAGCUGGCACAGCCAUACAUGAUUGGAUCAAUUCAGUUACUCCUCUGGGAUUGUGAUGAUAGGAGCUACAGUUAUUACAUUGAAGUUUCUACAAAUCAGCAACAGUGGACCAUGGUGGCUGACAGAACAAAAGUUUCUUGCAAAUCUUGGCAACUUGUAAAUUUUGAUAGACAACCAGCAUCUUUUAUCAGAAUUGUUGGCACUCACAACACAGCUAAUGAGGUAUUUCAUUGUGUACAUUUUGAAUGCCCAUCCCAAAACACUCUACAGAAGGAAGAGACUAAUGAAGAAGAUGCUGGCCCAGGUGGACAGCACCUGGCAACCUGCUCGCCUCAAGCUUCAAGCACCAGUUCUGUGCAUUCUCUCCCAGGAUCUGUUUCAUAUCCAUAAUUGCAGCAGCAAUUUUAUGAGAAUGGAGAAGAACGUUUGAAAUCUCAGUGCCACAAAAACAUUUUUCACUUUUAACCUGCAAGCACCUCUUCACUUUCCGAAUGAACUUUUCAAGGGGAUCAUAGUAUCAAGCAGCCAGAGGUGCUUCGAUUUAUAAGGCUGCCUGAAGACAAAACUGGGCCACCACAUUGCACUUUCCAUUGAUUAAAAUCAGAAGUAUGGGGGGAGAAAAUAGUCUUUCUCAUCAAGUUUCCUAUUUGUACCCUACCUCUUUAAACCAAACCAAAUCAGAUAGAGCAGAAAGAAGCAAAACCACAUCAUUUUGUUAUAUAAAUAGGUUGUGUAUACCAUAUCAAAAAAUAUUAUUACAUGUGCUUGUAAAAGGAGUAUUAAAAAUGAAUCUUUUUUGAGAUGUUUAUUAAAAAAAACUAUGGAAACCACUUUUUAUUUAACUUAUUCUUAAUCCACAUCCUUUGUAAAUUAUAAACCAUUUUCACACUGUGUUUAUAUUUAUACAACUAAAUUUCUUUCCUUGUUUUUUCCCAUCAUAUUCUGAUAAAACUUUUCCUUCUUUAUCAUGGCAUAUGUGGUAACUCCACUUGACAGAUACAUCUAUCUGAUAGUUGGGCAUCUAAUAAUCUUACUCCAUUAUUCUGUUUGACAGAGAAAAACCCUUAAAGAGAUUGUGCAUAAAACAAUUCAAUCCAGGGAUACAAUAUUGGAAUUUUUAACUAGUUGAUAUGAUGUAUAAAAUUGUCACUUUUUAUCCCUGAUUACCUUGUACCCAAGAAGAGAGAUGUAUUGAUCCUGUUAAAAAAUAUUAAAGUGCUUUAAUUCCAGCAGCAGGGAUCGAUAGGUAUCUCCAAACAUUUCUUUUCUUGAAAAACUUUUUUUUUUUACAAAUAUUGCAGCUAAGCUUCAUGUGUGGGAAUACAUUGAUAGCAAUUUAUAUUUGGGCUACUGGGUCUGGGCUGCAAAAAGCUGUCAUCACAAGAUGGCAAUAAUGAGUUGUUAUCUGCAUUUGUUUUCUGCCAUCUAAUGGUCAUUCCACAUUUUGCGCUCUAGAUCUGCUAGAUCUAAUAAAUAUUUUACUGAAAUAUUUGUUUUUAAAAAAGCACAAUAAUAUUCCAAUAUGAUUUUAAAAGAAAUCCUUCUGAGACUCUUGAUAGAAUCGUCAUAUGCAUAGAUUGAGUUUUAUGGUUGGAUUUUAUUUGCAUUUGAGUAAUUUGCAUUCAAGCAGUAGUUAUUCUUUGUACUUUAAUCAGAUUGUUGGUUUGAUUAUUCUAAAAAUGUUCACAUGUAGCAUUCUCUUAUUUUUUCUGCCUCUUUUCUCAUUCGGGGGGGGGAGGUUUAAAAAAACUAUACAUUUGCACAUGAACAUCAAUGCCAUUAAUUCAUCCUGUUAGGAAAUGAAAUGCAUUUGUAAUGAAGUUUGUGAUUCUGGAGAAUAUUAUUGUUAAUUAUUUUUUAAUUUGUGUGAAAUAAUUUGGUGCAAAUUGUUUUGAAUAUGGUGAUCUAUAAAUAACUUUGCAAUAGUUAAAUGUAAGUACUUGCAUUCUGCUAAAAGCUGUUUAUAAUAAAACUGAGAAUUAGAUCACAA